AUGGACAGAUCGAUAAAAGCGCUUGAGCAACAAACGCCAUCACAUAACCACCGGGCGUUUCACAACAGCACCAUGUUAGAGGUACCACACUCGGUACAGCUCUUGCUCAGUCUGGGAUCCAAGUUUGCUUUGCCAUCUACAAAUAUAAAUCCGUCUACGUUCUACCACCUAAUAGCAGACAUCGAAGGUGUGAUAGAAACAUCUGAAGACGAAGAAGUCAAGAUACGAAAUCGGAGUACAGCUGCUAAUCAAAUCGUAAAUCACAUCCAUGCGCAUAAGCACAACGCGCGAUGCAAUCCGUCUGAAAACUUUUACAAAACAGCAAUAAUAGCCACAAAACAGUUUCUAAAAACGCAUCCGAAUAUCAUCGUACUGGAAGCUGAUAAAGGCAACGUAACGGUUAUGAUGAAUCGCGAGGAUUACGAUAAAAAGAUGCAGACACUAAUCGAUGACAAAAACACAUACACGAUCCUCACACGUGACCCAACAACCGGUUUCCAAACCAAAAAUAACAAUUUCGCGAAAAGGUUAGCAGAUUUGAAGCUGAUAAACCGAGCCACGGAAUUGAAAUUAAAAACGUACAGGGCCACUGCCCCCUGCAUCUACGGAACACCGAAGGCACACAAGGAGGGAUUACCACUGAGACCAGUGGUACCGUGCAUGACAUCGCCAUCAUACGAGCUGUCUAAAUAUGUGGGCCGAAUAUUGCAAGCGUCGAUCAACAGCAGAUACAACGUCAAAGAUUCAUUCGAGUUCUGCGAAUUUAUCAAUGAAGUUGUAUUACCUCCAGAUCACGUUCUUGUUUCGUUCGACGUCGUCUCUUUGUUCACGUGCAUUCCCAGGGACCUCGUUCUAAGCAACAUUAUCAACAACUGGGAUGCAAUCAAGAAGAACACCAACAUCAACUUAGACAUGUUUCUCGAAAUCAUCAACUUUUGCAUGAGUUGCAGCUAUUUUAGGUUCAAAAAUAAAUACUAUCAACAGACAUACGGCACGGCGAUGGGCAAUCCUGUGUCCAGCCCGAUAGCCGAUUUCGUCAUGGAAUCACUGCUGGACAGCGUGACACGGACACUUGAUUUCCAGAUACCGAUCCUAAGGAAAUACGUCGACGAUCUACUACUAGCGCUGCCACACGAACAAGUUGAGAAGGUAAGAGAAAAGUUUAAUCAGUACCACCCAAAAAUCCAAUUUACGGUUGAAAUCGAAUCGAAUCGUCGCCUUCCGUAUUUGGACUUGGUACUGAUUAGACAAUCCGACCAAUCUAUAAAAACCGAGUGGUAUCAGAAAUCGAUAGCGUCGGGACGUUUUCUGAAUUUCCGAUCAGCCCACAACACACGCCUCAAAAUCAACACGGCAUUAAAUUUUAUUAAACGAGUGAAAACCUUCUCAACAAACGUUCCCCCCGACGAUGCAAUCAAGUUGAUUCACGAGAACCUUAGGAAAAAUGAUUAUCCAACGUCCCUGAUCAAUAGAUUAAUCCGUAAAGCAAACGAAACCGACAUCCCCCUCCAAAGCACACAAGAAACACCCACACAACACUACCGAUCCAUAUUGCAUAUCGACGGCCUAACUGCAAAUGUAGUCCGUGCGCUUAGGACGGAUUACCCGCAUGUACGCAUCGGCACCACACAACAGCACACAAUACGCAGCCUACUGCCAGUGGUGAAAGAUCCGAUGCUACCGAUCGAUCGCUCCAAUGUGGUUUACAAUAUACCAUGUGCGGGCGCACCCGAACGUAAUGAAGAGUGCAAUAAACGAUAUGUAGGACAAACUAGUUACAAGUUACGUACUAGAAUGUCCAAACAUAAAUGCGAUGUGAACAAACUAAAACGCAUCAUAGCCACGGGGUCCACAGCAUCAGACCCGAGCAUAAAAGAACUGCGACAAUCAGCCGUCGUAGACCACUGUUUCGACCAGGGACACAUGUUCGAUUUUGAUAAGGCCACCGUUCUCGACAGCUCGAACAAACACCGCAAGCACCUAGAGGUACUCGAGAUGUGCUAUAUUCAAAGCACUCUGAGUACUGUCAACAUCCAGAGCGACACCGAUGGACGAGCAAUUUCAUACGGCGGAGUGUUCCACACACUAUCGAAAACAACUCACAAGCACUCAUCGGCGCCGAUUUCUGGCUACAAUAGAAACGCAAUGCAAACCCAAACAACAACAAACAGUGAGUGGAGUGAACCAAGUUUUGCCACGGACGGUUUUCUAACGACGGAAUAGGCGCCGCAGCCCAGGCCAAUACCAUCACAUAUUGGGCACCCAGAAUAUCGACGAUCGAUGAACGCUAUAGGAGCAGAUCUGUUUUGGACGAUAACACUUAUGUCCGAGUAAGUGAUUAAUGAUAAAUUGUUAAUCAUUAGAAAUAUGUUUUAUGCUUUCCUAUUCAAUUUUAGUUCCUUGAAAAAGAAUACAUAGUAUUUGAAACGUUGGAUGAAGCACAAAUAAAAGUGUUUUAAUACUUUAUCGAUAAGACCGAAAAGCCAUUACAUAACCUCAAAAAUCAUCC